CCAGCCUGGAGCUUGCCUCGUUCUUCUAGAUUCACCCAAGCGAGUUUAUUCUCACUCUAACUGUGUGUUCGUCAUGCGCAGCCAGGAAGUUACGCCACUCAAAGCAUGCCGGCCAUGUUCCAAGGCCAAGACCCGGUGCGAUCCCGGGCCAACCAGCCAAGCCUGUCAGAGAUGCCAUCGUCUACGGAAAGAAUGCACGAAGCAAGCCCCAGGAGCGCACAGUCUGGGCAAGCCCCGAACCAGAACGUUGACGGACGUGCGACGAUUAGAGAAGAAACUGGAGAACAUGACCUCACUACUGGGGGCCACACAGCAGCCCAUUGAAGGCAUAAUCUCCAACUGCGGGUGCCUGACACCCGUCGGCCAGAUGCCCCAGAUGCCACAACCACAGACCCAUUCUUCGAGCGGGUCCGACGAGACACCGCAGGCGACAAUCCCCGUCUUCCACCAGCGCAUGGCGACGCGCUUCCCGUUCGUUGCGUGCGCCUCCCCUCUGUCGGAUGAUGAGCUUCUCCUCCGCAAACCGUUCCUCCACAUGGUCAUGUCCAUGAUCGCCUGCCAGGAUCAGGAGACGCAGUGGGACAUCGCCGGGAAGGUCAAGGCGUACCUGGUUGAACGGGUCAUGGUCAACGGAGAAGCUAGUAUGGAUCUCUUUCAGGGGUUUCUUCUCUUCCUUGCGUGGGCGCAUAUCCACGUCCCCUCGCCGGAACAACUGUGCAACUAUCUCCAUCUUCUGGUGGCUCAGAGCAAAAACCUGGGCUUAGCCAGAGAUGUGUCGAGCGGGGCGCCGCAAUCCGUGUUGUCGUAUAUGAAGUGCAGACAGUUUGAGCGGCCGUCCGGCCCGGGCCGGAUUCUGGAAGAGCGCAAGGCUUAUCUGGGGUGCUUCUACCUCGUCACGAUGAUCUCGAUGUGUCUAGGGGAGUCCGAGCCCAUGCAGUAUACAAGCUACAUGGAAGAGAGCUACCAAGUGCUCCAAGCAGCGGCGCAAGGAGAAUCCGAUCGAUACCUGUUAUGUCUGGUCGAUCUCGCUCGCAUGGCGGAGAAAAUCCACCGCACCCUUCAGCCAGACCACCCGCAUGAUUCGAUUAGCUCCUCGGGCUGCUCACACAGAGGAAUUGCCAUCCGAUGGCUGCAGAAGGAGCUCGAACAGCUCAAGCCUGCGCUUGCUUUCGACGAUCCCACACAGUCCUCAUUCCUCCUCCUCCAAUACCACAACCUCGAACUCUUCGUCUACCGCACCGCCCUCCGCCGCGACCCCGACUUCAGGAAGACCACCUACCCGCCCACCCACCUCACCACCCUGCACGCCUGUCUCCACGCCGUGAAAUCCUUCUUCGACACCUUCUUCGCCAUCCCCUCCUCCGCCUUCUUCCACAUGCCCUACCUCCUCUGGUGCCAACUCGGCCACGGCUUCUUGAUCCUGUCCCACAUCUCCGUCUACGACGAUGGAGACGACGACGGCGACGACGACGAUAGCCCAGCACAGAGCCUCUGGGACAGGGAGUACGCGCGCCAGGUCAUAGAUUAUCAGGCCACGAUCGACCGACUCACGCAGAAGGUGGCGGAUGCGGUGACGGUCGCCCGCGAGGAAGGGACCCUUGUCCCGAGGGUGUUUAGCAAGGUGACUUCUCGGAUCGCCAUGUGGCGGGAUGCCCAUGCGAGGCAGGAGGAGGCCUUGCGGCAGCGACAGCGGCAGAGAAGUCAGGUUCCGUCUGCGUCUACGGUUACGACGUCCACGACGACAACGAGCCCCGAGGUUGUUGUUGUUGGGAUGGAGACGGAGACGGAGACGGAGGAAUUGGUGCCGGGCAUGGGAUUGGAGGAUUUGUUGAUGAUUGGGCCCAUGUGGGAGUUCUUGCCUUUCUAGCCCGGGGGGGGGG